AUGGCUGACCAACCCACCGACGACGAUCUGAAACGAGCCAUUGCCAAAUUGAUUCCCACGGUGGAUUUGCAAAGCACAGGAAUCAAAGCCUUCAUCAAACUGCUGAGCAAAGAGUUUGGAGGCGCUGAUCUCAAGGCCAGGAACAAAUUCAUCAAGAAGGCAUUGGAAGAGGCCAUUAAUGCCAUGUCCUCUGACGAAGAAGACAGCAAUGAUGAUGACGAAGAAGAAGAGGCAGCUGUGGAAGCGAAAGCAAAAAAACCCAAGGGAUUGGCGCAAAAAAAGAAAAUUUCCAAAAAGCUAGCAGCCUUUUUGGGCAAGGGCGACACCAUGGCGAGGACGGAAAUUGUCAAGGCGCUCUGGGAAUACAUUCGAGAACACAACCUUCAACAUCCUGAAAACAAACGGCCAACGCUGAAUGAUUGUGCCAUGAUUUAUGGAUUGAAGAUACAAGAACUCGAACUCCAAUCGCGGCUCAGAACAUCGUCUACACACCAAUGA